CUGUUCCUUCGCGGUUUUUCAGGUUAUCUGAGGGAUAGCGACCCCAUCGCCUGGUGACUAUGGGUUCAACAAACAAGAAGAAGACCAGAAAGAUGAGAGGCCAUGUCAGCCACGGCCAUGGUCGCAUUGGAAAACAUCGCAAACAUCCUGGCGGUCGGGGUAACGCUGGUGGACAACAUCAUCACAGAAUAAAUUUUGAUAAAUAUCACCCGGGUUACUUUGGCAAGAUCGGCAUGCGUAACUUCCACGUGAAAGCGUCGCUGGAUUGGUGCCCGAUCAUAAAUCUGGAUAAAGUCUGGUCUCUAGUGUCAGAGCAAACUCGCGAGAAGUACAAGAACCAUCCAGAUGGCAAGGCACCUGUCAUUGAUGUGGUGAAAGCUGGGUACUCGAAGGUACUUGGGAAGGGUCUCUUGCCGAAGCAACCCGUUAUUAUACAGUGGACACCGCAUGCCGCUGAAACUGUGGCAUCGAUCGGUCGGUUACGAGAGGACCAAGCCUUGGUGGAUUCGAUCGUGCUGUGUGGUGCGGAAGUUUUUCAAGUGCACAAGUUGAUACUGUCUGUGAACAGCGAGUAUUUCGAGCAACUUUUUCGAAGACUGCCCGUCGUUGGAAACAACACUCCCGUGAUUGCCAUGCAUCAAACGCAUCCAGUUCUUUUUCAGUUGAUCCUUGACUACAUUUACACUGGAUCUGUCGAGGUACCGUUCGAGUUUAUGGAUUCUUUCCUUGAACUUGGCGAAAGUCUGCUAAUCCGUGGACUGCGCGCGUUUGAGCACGCAGCAUUUGAUGAGGUGUAUCAGAGUGAAACGCAAGUACCUGAGCAAAGUCUUCAAACAAGUACAAUUCCCCUUGAAGAAGUUCCAUCCGAAGAACCCCGUGUCGAACAGGUUCAACCAACUGCGACGAUUACUCUUCGGAAUCCCAAGAAGCGAACGUCUGCGGUCAUUAAGAAAAGACGGAAACGUUCCAAACUCGCUGCGAUGGUGCAGGUUUCGGAGAACAAAAGGAUGCUUCGUAGUGCUGUUAAAGAAGAGAACAAGCGCAGCAGACUCGAGGCGGAAAUUUUCACCGGUGGUGACGAGAAUGCGAACGAGCUGGAUCAAAAUAACGACGAGUAUGUCUGCAACGGGGAAGAGAAAAAUGAAAAUUAUGUACCACAGAAGUUGAUCUUACGGGCUCCAAGUAUUCCGGAAAUACCCAGCAUGGUCGAUUUGGUCAGCGUGACUAAACACACAUUUCGUGGUCUUUCAACAAGCACGGGUACUAUGCUGUACGCCUGUGAGCUUUGUGAAUAUCGAACCCGUCAACGAGGAUCCAUUAUUACUCACGAACGGAUUCAUACCGGCGAAAGACCAUAUAACUGCAGGAUUAAUUGUGGCAAAGGAUUUAGUCAAGCUUCUAGCAGGAAUUUGCAUGAAAACCGGCGCGUUGUGGGAAAUUGGUGCCUAGCGAUGGCGUCAUCGGCGGGAAGCAAAGCAUCUCGGUUGGUCCGUAAUGUCAAACCGGUGAUGUCAUUGGACAGGUCUGAGGCACGUCGGCGUGUCCUCGGGCUUUAUAAAGCCUGGUACCGCCAGAUUCCGUAUGUUGUGGCGGAAUAUGACAUACCGAAGAGCAAAGAACAGUGCAGAGAAAAAUUGCGCGAGCAGUUCUUGCAAAACAAGGACAUCACUGAUAUUCGGGUGAUCGAUAUGCUUGCCAUCAAGGGUCAAAUGGAACUGGUGGAAACUGUGAAAAUGCACAAACAAUCGUGUCAUGUUAUGGCGUACUUCAAGGAGACAGUAAAUAAGCGGCCGGAGGAUUUUUUGUCGAAAUUUUAUGCUGGUCAAUGAUGCACCGUCGAUUAGGCGUAAUAAACUUUACCUUUAGCAUGAGCUAAAGGUUGUGAGUCUUCUAUUCGUGCGUUUGUAGAGUAAAAAACAGCGUGCUAGUGCAAUAAAACCAUCCGAUUUUUA